AUGUCGUGCUUCCGUAGCCCUCUUUCGCCUUCCAGACCAAGGAGGAUCAAGCUCCGCUGCACCGUCGGAGGUAGACUUGCAUUUCUAUGAAUAUUUCCUUCUAUUUUCGAUAUUUUUCGCGGACGGAAGUGUUUUCUUGCUAUGGUAGAAGUGCGAUAGCCGGAUUAACUGUCAUAACACAUCUACGAAGAGAAAUUAUUGCGCAUUUUCGGGAAUAAAAUUAGGCCGUGAUGCGUAAAUGUGCUAGAAUUAAGAACGCGAUAUAAGGAUCAAGUCAAACUCCGUGAAAGAGCGUUGACAGAAUGUGGAGACUACGACUUUGUGUGUGACAUUCGGGGCUGGGGUUGUGAUCUCGGCAUUCUGAUUGUGAGUUCCAUAGGAAUUCGACACGAAUUAGUCAGUAAUUUGUGAUUAUAUACUCGCCAGAGCUUGAUGCCCUACCAAUGGGUGAACAAAAGAACAAAUGCGUCAGGUAGAACUAUGGUUCAGAGAAUCAUUCUGGUGUCAUCCAUUCAUACGGCAUUUGAACCUUGCCGAGUCUCUAUGAUAUGUCACGUACCGUAUGUUAAUGCUCAAAGGAUUUAAGUUUCUAUUUAUUCAAGUUUCCUGGAAAGAGAAAACUCUGAGACGAAAAUCCUUCCAUGGAAACUUGAUCGCCUAGUUCGACCCUUUGCUCCUUUAUUGUGAUUUUUCUUUGCCUCUGAGAUUUUCAUUGAUUAUGAACCUUAGCCUUUUGGAGAUUUGUGCAGAAUUCACUAUGGAGCCGAAGGUUACUCCUCCUAGCGCUGUGGAGCCUCUCCUGCUGAAUGCAAUUCGAGGGGAAAAGGUUGAGAGACGCCCGGCUUGGUUGAUGAGGCAAGCAGGUAGGUACAUGAAGGCAGGUCUAGUAGCAAUCAUUUUUGCUCUUUCCAGAAUAUUCAUGACUAUAAUGCUUCUCUUGGUUAUUCAAAAGCCUGUAAUGCACCAGAAAAGUGACUUUAAAAUAAUUUCUUUUCUUGUCAGUCUGAUGAUAUUGUCCUAAAAUAAUAGGAUACUACUUUGCAUUGACCUUUUCCCAUUACCUUUGCGUUGGGAAAAAACAGAUUAUAUGGGUGUUUUCUUGGAACAGCUCAUCCAUUUUUCGUAGAAUUUUAUGCGAAAAUUCAAAAAAAGGUCUUGUAUUCUAUAUUCUAGUUUUUAUAGAUACUACCUCUAGUGCUUUCAACAAUCUUGAACCAUUAUCAUUGUCAGCUCACCAGAAGUCCAUUAAAAAGCUCCGUGGAGAACUGAAAAUUAAGCAGUGGUUUUAAUUUCAUGGUGGUUCCUUACAGAAAGUCAACGUAACAGUAGCCAAUAGUGAAAUCUAUUUACAUAGCUGUUCAUAUAAUUUUCCUGAAUUCAUCGGGUUUUUUAUUUCUGGUCCAUUCUGAGAUAGAACGGGCAGAAUCCAUUUACUGUGUUUUGGAUUUCGCCUUCCUUGUUCCACUAUGAAUCAGCCAGUAUUUAAAAUCUUCACCAAAACUGUGCAUGCAUGACUUCUUGCCUGGUCCCCACUUUCAAGUGCCCAUGGACCACGCAAGAGAAACAUGUUCUGGCUCAGGUACAAAAAGUAAUUUUAAUCAUGUUAGAAGCAUCAAUACCAGGACUGCGCUACACAUGCUCUUAUGGAAAUUGCUUUUGCUCACUUACAUUUCUCAAUUCAUAUGGUUGUUGAAAUGGAUUGUUUAGUCUUUCUGAAAUUAUAUUUUCAGAGUUUUAAUUUUCCCAUGCAUCCAUUUUAUUACACUCGUCUAUGGAAGAAAAUUAUUAAAAAUCUAAAAAAUAAAUAUACGUCUUGAGGUUGGCGUUUAGGAUAUUGUACAUAAAGGUAGGAUAAAUAUAUAUAUAUAUAUAUAUAUUUUGGAUUUAAAGCAUCUUGUUUGUAUAUACGCCCACAAGUGGUCUGGUUACAGGAUCUAAAGAGUUUUUCCCAAGUUCUUGGAGUAACUUAUUUUCUUGCUUUAAUGUAUGUUUCAAGUGAAUAUUCUAUUUCAAUGCCUUCUUCCUAUUUUAUGGUAUUCUGCUAUCAUUUCUAACACUAUGAUUCUGGCGGACAUUACACUCCUGUCUUUUUCUCCCAUACAAGUAGAUUAGUCCACGGUGUUCAAUUUGAGUUUUAGUUAUGUUUCAUACAGAUGUGUGGAUUAUAUGUGCAUAUAUCUAAUACAUGCUCAUAUUUUAUCAUCAUUUUACGUAGUCUAAGCAUGGUGGCGGCACUCAUUGUCGCAGUCUAAGCAUGCUGAUGUUCUUCCUGAAGUCAAAAUGGUUUGUGUGGCCCGCUCUGCUCCCCUACUGUCCAGGCGCUGCAUGCAUUGUUAAGAAAAUUCGCAGUCUCCAUGGCGAGGUACGUCCGAUACCAGGCAGACCAUGGGGCUCAAGCCGUGCAGAUCUUUGACUCUGUGCGCCUCUGAUCCUUUACGCAAGUGGCUCGGGAGGGCUGCUCGAGAAGUUUCUCUCGACCCGAGUCAACAUGAUUAGCUUGGACUGAUGUAGCAUCACCUCCACUGUGGCCCUGUGGUGGAAGGCGGUGGGAGGCGGAAGCUGGGCCCUGAUGUGGCAGUUCAGGGCAACGUUGGCCCUGGGGUCCUCUUCGAGUCCAAAGAGUUCAUCACCUCGCGGAUCAACGACACGAUGAAGAAGGCGGGCGCUCACAAGCGCAUUCUGAAUCUUGGGCAUGGGAUUAUGAUCGGCACGCCCGAGGAGAGCGUUGACCAUUUCUUUGAAGUCGCCAAAGGGAUCAGAUACUGA